GAAAUCCCCGCGGAACUUUCUCCAUUCGGCAUGGGAAAACUAUCUUUUGCCCCACGAUCCUUUGCUAUCGCUCCAGAGCGGCAAAGAAGCCGAGCGCAACGAUGACAGACUCCCCGGCCUCUCCCGGCCACUACAAACCCUCUCAGGACAUCGAGCCGCACAAAACCCGAGAUGAUGUGGAACGGCCGCAGGCCGAUCCCAAUGCCAUUCCUACCAAACAGCCAAGUGCCAACCUUACCGAACAGCCGGAUGCUGCCGGCACCGUGCUAGAAUCUAUUUCCGCCAGACUGAAGGCGAAGGAUGACGAGCUGAAAGUGAAGAACGAUAAGCCGAAGCCGGAGAACGAGGGAAAGGUAGAGGGCGACGAGCAGGAGACGACACACAAGAAGCUAGAAGCGGUGGAAGACGAGCUGAAGGCGACGCACAAGAAGCUAGAAGCGAAGGAAGACGAGCUGAAGGCGGCGCUCAAGAAGCUAGAAGCAAAGGACGACGAGCUGAAGGCGACGCGCGACCACGUUUUCCGGCUGCAGCCGCUACGCGCGGACCUGACCGAGGAUGAGGCCAUCGGCUCAUAUACCAGGUUGCACCAAGCCGUCGUGUACCUCGUCCGCAGCCGUUUGAAGCCUGUUCUGGAAGCACUCAAGGGCGGCCGCCUUCUUAGCUGUCGCCCCGUACCCGACCAGGCUGAGGCGUUUAAGGAUCUAAUUAAGGACGCCGCGAAAAAACACCUUCAGCUCGCCGGAGCGGACGAGUACCAUGUCAUUGCGGUUGUGAUGGAAUUUCUGCACAGGGAGGUUUUCAAGAAGCCGUUUGGCUUCGUCUCCGAGAAUGAGAUGGACGUCUUGAGUGAUGCUUUUGGGCUGUUAGUCGAGCUCCGCAAAGAGAACUCCUACUGCGAAGACUGGAAAAAGGAGGCGUUUGCCGCAUUUGCCAGCAACCCCGACCGUAAAAACACGCAGGAGCAUAUCAAAACGGUGGCCAAAAAGUUGUGCCUCGUUCUUUCAGCAGUGUUCGACCUCCCCAACAGUGCGCAACCAACAAAAAAGACGAUGCGGGCAGAGGCACGCAAAUCUUUGCUAGAUUCGGUUCGCGACGACAUCGUCGCUCCGGCCGUAAAGCUCGCGAGCACUCUCGAGCUUGCCACCAGCGUUUACACCGUCCAGUGGCCAACGGGCGACCCAACGCGGGAGCUUGGGCCGCAUCACUGUUUCGACCUUGCAACCGGCACGAAAGCUGUAGCCCCAGAGGCCGCACCCACCAGCACCGCAGCCGGCGGAGCCUUACCCCCAAAGCUCAUGCUGCCGCCCCCAGUCCACUGCGAACAUGGGUACUUUUUUGAGGUGGCCCCCGCGCUCAUCGUCCGGUCCGUAUACUGGCCCGGGGGUCACACACAUGCGGAGGCGCGGACGCUGUGCGCGGCAACCGGCAAGGAGUAG